UCCCUGGAUGGCAACAACCCAUCCUGUUUGGACAGGCAUGGGAUUAGGCUUCAAUCCCUGGACGGCUCCCGUAUCCCCACCGCCGAGACCGCGUCCCUCACCCUCCGCUGCGAUCGCAUCGACAAGGAGUCCUCAGAGGUCACCUAUGUCAGCACCGACAACAUCCGUGUAAUUGGGGCCGUCGAUUUCGAGGUGUUCGAGAAGGAGGAUCUGAUCCUCUGCGGGUCGCUCGAGAGGAUGGAGCCGUCGUGGAAGAACGGCGGUGUCGGGUUUAAUCAGCACCAUCAUCAGGCCCUGGACAAUGAUUUAAAGACCGGGUGGAGUAUGGAUUGCUACUCCGCAGCGUCGCUCACAACAGGAUCCUCCGCAUUCUGCCAGCCUAAGCUCGGGAUUUCCUCGCCCUCCAUUGAGGUGUAUGUCGCUGGUUGCUGCUCUGGAUUCCCCCUGAUUCUGACGAAGACGAUUCAUCUGAGUCCAAGGCGGAAGCCUCUGAGGCAAACGACUCUCGACUUUAUACCGAAGGAUGAAGAAACGGGAAGAGAGUAUAGGAGCAUUAAUCGCUUUCUUCGCAAUCUGGAGAGAGAGAGAGAGAGACGAGAUGACAAAGCACUGUGCCGAAUCCAGCAGAAGAAAUCUUAUCCGGCUACCGAAUCCAGCUGGAUCGCUGGUGAAUCCCAUCGGCCUUCAAUCGCUUGCCAGUCGAAACACCUCAGCAACCGUACUCAGCUUCGUUUUCUGUGCACUCCAACCUAA